GGGCAGUGCGGCUGUAGCUGCUGCCUCUGCCGCCGGGCUGGUGGGGUGCGGAGAGCUGCUGCUGCAGGACCUGCUCCGGGAGGGGGCCUGGCCCGAGACGCUGCAGGAGCCGAGCCGGGAGCCCCGGCGCCUCUGAGAGCCGCCAGCAGCCAGCUCCGGACGCGGGGGUAUUACAAGUGGAUAAAUAAUGUGCACUGCUCUGAGCCCAAAGGUACGCAGUGGACCUGGCCUCUCUGAUAUGCAUCAGUAUAGCCAAUGGCUGGCCAGCAGACAUGAAGCUAAUUUGCUACCGAUGAAAGAAGAUCUGGCCUUGUGGUUAACCAAUCUAUUAGGGAAGGAGAUUACAGCAGAAACGUUUAUGGAGAAACUGGACAAUGGUGCCUUGCUCUGUCAACUUGCAGAAACUGUUCAGGAGAAAUUCAAAGAGAGCAUGGAUGCUAAUAAGCCCACCAAGACUCUGCCAUUGAAGAAGAUUCCAUGCAAAGCCAGUGCACCCUCAGGCUCCUUUUUUGCCCGAGACAACACAGCAAAUUUCUUAUCCUGGUGCCGAGAUUUAGGGGUUGAUGAAACAUGUCUCUUUGAAUCAGAAGGUUUGGUCCUCCACAAGCAACCCAGAGAAGUGUGUCUCUGCUUGCUAGAGCUGGGCCGGAUUGCAGCCAGGUAUGGCGUGGAGCCUCCUGGUUUGAUAAAAUUGGAAAAAGAGAUUGAACAAGAAGAAACACUUUCUGCCCCUUCUCCUUCACCCUCCCCUUCAUCGAAGUCUUCUGGAAAAAAGAGUACGGGAAACUUGCUGGAUGAUGCAGUGAAAAGGAUUUCUGAGGAUCCUCCUUGCAAAUGCCCAAGCAAAUUCUGUGUGGAGAGGCUCUCUCAAGGAAGAUACCGAGUGGGAGAAAAGAUCCUCUUCAUUAGGAUGCUGCACAACAAGCAUGUCAUGGUGCGCGUGGGAGGCGGCUGGGAGACUUUCGCAGGGUACUUGCUGAAACACGACCCCUGCCGGAUGCUGCAGAUCUCCCGCGUGGACGGCAAAACGUCCCCCAUCCAGAGCAAGUCUCCCACCCUCAAGGACAUGAAUCCAGAUAAUUACCUGGUGGUCUCUGCCAAUUACAAGGCUAAGAAGGAGAUUAAGUGAAACCAGUGGGUCAUGACAAGGGGACUCUCACAGUGGCCUGUGUCCACCUCUCCAGUGUAGUCAGUUUAGUUCACAGGCUCCACAAAUUACUGAAAAAGGUGCAACACACAGAAAGAUGCCAUCAUAUCAAAAAAUGUUCAAAGAGUAGCACUAUUUAUUUUAAUGCUUCUGUAGAAAAUGACCUAUGAAAAGAAAUUCUCAAUUCACAUUUAGAUUAGACAAAUUUGUAGGCAAAUGAUUACUUCUCAAUAGGUGAAUACAGUAUUUAGGAUACAGUAUUAGAAAUACACUUCUAGUGAGAGAGAAAAACUUAUUAGAAGAAAAUAUUUAGGAUUUACAAGUAAGGAAAACAGAAAGUGCCUGCGUUAUGUCUACAAAGAACCCCAGACAUUUUUGUAAUUGCAGGAUUUUUAAGCUAAUUUUUAAAAAGUGACAAUUCGUGUAAUAAUGUGCUACUAAAAAUACCCAACAGCACUAUAAGUCCAGAGUAUUCGCAACAGUAAUACUUGACUGGAAAGUCCACUUCAGAAAAGUUUACAUUCACUCGGAAGAUUGCCUUAAAGUUUAUCCCUUAUCUAUGACCAAAUAUCUGGGGUACUUUUGGAGGUUUUCAGUACACGCCCCUUAGAGAAUCACUAAUAAACUGGCCCGGACAUUCCUCGGGCUGUGUUGAGACCAAGCGUAAUCACACCCAUAAGCUGACCCAUACAUUUAUAUUUUGACAGAGUAAAUUGUACAGUCAAAUGUUCAUUGACUUCAUGUUCUUUUAAAGCAUUCUUAUUAAAGUAUAUCUUUAGUUAAUCCUACUUUGCUAUGCUGUCUAGUAAAGUCAAUUCACUGUAGCUAAUAAUGUUACAGACUUAUGUAUACCCUUGUACACCGAGGACAGAGCUGUUUUGUAACCAUGAAUGGCAAAAUGUUGUCCUCACUGAUUCAAAAAUUAAAAAGAUAAAUUGAAAAAAAUUUCAUCUGUCUCAAUAUCAAUGCCUCAUUCUGAAAUAACAAUAAUCUUCACGCGGCAUCUCUCCCUGAGAGUUAGAGUUAAAUUACUUCUUCACUUUGGGCAGCUGAGGGAUGGUGGUGUGUGAAGAGUCUAGUUUUUAUCAUAGGUGGCCCCUUAAAUGCUACCUUGAGUAUAAAAAGUAUAGGCAGAGGUAAUUUGUCAUUUCCUCAUUUUUCAACAUCAUCCACCUUUUUUGCUCCAGAAAGUCAGGGAGGAAAUGCCUGUCAUGUGACCACUUUAGAUGCAGACGAUCCAACCUGUUAAAUGGGAAGUUUGUAAACAACAGGCACCGUGUAAUUUGGUGGCACCAAAGUGGUGAUAAUCAUUCUGGGGGAAAAUUAAAGUUUUGUAGGAAAUGAAAUUACCUUGGAACAGUGGCUAAAAUUGUAGUGUCUUAAAAACACAGAUAUUGAGUGAUUUGAAUUUUAUGUUCCUAAGCUAAUAUUCACACUGAAUUGCUCUGUGUAGUAAUGGGCAAGAGUAUUUCUAUCAAAGCCUUCUCCUGUGCUUAAAUUUUUCUUGUAAACAUAGUUAUAUCUUUAGUAAUUAAAUUUAGUUUAAAAAAGAAGUCUAAGUUAACAAAAAUAAUAUUAAUCUCUUUGUGUAUUUUGUUUUCUGAUGUAACAAGUGACCAGAAAUUCAGUGGCUUACACAUGUUUAUUAUGGGGCAGUUCUGUAGGUCAGAAGUACAAGGCGGUCUCGACGGUCUCACUGGGCCUAACAGCAAGACGUCAGCAGAACUGUGUUCCUUUCUUAGGAGAGAAUCCAUUUGUCUGUUCCGCCUUCUAGAGGCUGCCUGGUUUUCUUGGCACACAUCCCCUUCCUCCCUCUUCAAAGCCAGCAAUAGAACAUCUCAGUGAUGCUUCUUCCUUUCUUUCCAUUUCUUCAUCUGACCACAGGCUGGAGAGGUUCUCAACACAGAUGGGCAUGCACAGCUACCAACCUCUUACUGAUCUAUUUGUGCCGUUAUUACUCAAAUCUCAAACUGACAAGUUACUUUUUUCCCUAAGGGUGUGGCAUAAUUCUUAUAAGAAAAUAAACAAGGUGAAUUGUUGGAAGAGAGGAAAAUGCAAGGUUUAUGUCAAUUCUCCUGGGGGACCAAGGAUGAUAGCUAGAACCUAUUAUGGUGGUAUUUCUCUAAGAAAACAAGGGACUAGUGACAUCAUCUCUUCUUUAGAGCACUGGAAAAGAAACACGCCCGCCUGCAGCUUCAGGGGUGGCAUGGACACACCGAAUAGCUCUUAGCGCUGCUCUCAUUACUCCAAAGAGACGACAGUGUUGCUGAGCUUUCCCUAACCACUAACCCAAGUUCUAAUUAUUUAAGAUACAGUGAGGACAAAAUUGUGUUAAACAGAGACAACCAAAGCCAACUUUUAUAAAGGAAAAAUGUGUAUUUAUAUCCCUAGAUGGCAAUACAGAAUUUAUAACAAAACCAUGUGUGGGAAAACUAUUAAUUACAUUCCGAACACAACUGGCAGAACAGUGACUCGUACAGACGCUUAAUAAAACAUGCAGUGUGUCAACCAAGAGUUCAUGGAAUAAUAUGCAGCUUUUUGUCACCAGCCAUGUUAUGUUUGACAACUAGAAGAAUAAAGCAGUGAUUCAGGCAUUUUACAUCUUAUCAUAAUCAUUAAGUAUAUGCAUUUUACUGUUUCAUUAACAUUUUGGUAAUUUGAGUGGGAGGUUUGGGUAUAUUAAGCAUUGUGUUUUCCUAUUUAAGUUAUGAAUUAUGGUAAAUGGCUCCUCAUUAAGGUUUUCAUCAGGAAGUGAUUCAUAACUUUAUGAGGGAGAUGCCUGGAUGUAUCUGUAUGCAUGUGCAAAUAUUCCUUUUUUAGUAAUAAUUUACCGGUUUCCUGUCAGGCAUUUAGUCUCCCCCUUUCCCUUCCUAACACUGUUCCUAGCAUUUGGGUAUCACCUCUGAACCCAUGUAACCCAAGUGGCCUGGGGAAGCUGCCCACACCCACGGGGGCAGGCAGGUUGUGGCUGGCUGGAGCAGGACCUCCCACAGUACCCAGAAAGCAAUGCAGCAGCCUCCCAUUCAUGCUUCAACAGCGAGUAGCAUGGUGUUUGCACAUAAGCUGCUGUCAGAAACAGGGAAUUAUCCCCUAGAUGUAAACCUUUUGUGUACACUAACCCAAGUUGUCAUUCUUAGGAUGCAGUACUGAUAAAACUGUGAUCUCUAUAUUAAAACAGGAGGAUGGAUUUGCACAGUUCAAGGAUGAUACAUCUGGUUCUAUAUCCUUUCAGCUGUUAAUAAUCCUUUUUCCUUUCUGCCUUGGAAAAAAUCACGUUCAUAAAGUCAAAAUUUUAUUUCUAAAAUGAAAUUCAAUAG